AUAACGCAGUAGUUACUUUGAGAAGUGAAGCCAAUGCAACUUGGUUAAAGCUCUAAUUUUGGGGCCGGGUCUAUUUUCGUUUCCCUAGCUGCCAUGACAAGUGUUUCUUUAGUCUCAGCGGCUGCCCGAAGGCUAGAAGGGAAAGUGGCAGUAAUCACUGGUGGAGCGAGUGGCAUUGGAGAGUCUGCAGUAAGACUCUUCUCCAAACAUGGAGCUAAGGUUGUUAUUGCAGACAUCCGAGAUGACUUGGGUCAUUCUGUCUGCAAAGAUCUAAACUCUAAAUCCACAUCCUUCGUCCAUUGUGAUGUCACCAAGGAAACAGAUGUGGAAAAUGCAAUUAAUUUUUCUGUUUCCAAGUUUGGAAAGCUUGAUAUUAUGUUCAAUAAUGCUGGUGUUAUUGAAGUUGCCAAACCAAACAUCCUUGACAACACCAAGGCUGAGUUUGAGCAAGUAAUUGGUGUUAACCUUGUUGGUGCCUUCCUUGGAACCAAACAUGCAGCUCGUGUCAUGGUCCCCGCUCGCCAUGGCAGCAUUAUUACAACUGCUAGUGUUUGCUCUGCUAUAGGAGGAGUUGCAUCGCAUGCCUACACGAGCUCCAAGCAUGGCGUGGUGGGAUUAAUGAGAAACACAGCAGUGGAACUUGGACAGUUUGGCAUUCGGGUGAACUGUGUAUCGCCUUAUCUAGUUGCUACACCAUUGGCAAAGGAUUUCUUCAAACUUGAUGACAAUGGAGUUUACAGUGUUUAUUCCAACCUUAAAGGCAGUCUCCUCAAACCAGAGGAUGUGGCUGAAGCUGCUCUUUAUUUGGGAAGUGAUGAGUCAAAGUAUGUCAGUGGACACAAUCUUUUGCUAGAUGGAGGCUUCACCAUUGUCAAUCAAGGCUUUUCCAUGUUUGUACCAUCCUGAUAUAUGAAUGAAAUUGUACGUAUGUAUGUACUAGAGUAUAUAUUUAUAUAUACAAGAAAAAUAAUUUUUACGUCAUUUAAAUUAGUUGCAAAAAACAUAAAAUGCAUGCGUCGCGAUUAUUGAAAUAAAUAGUCAUUUUAUGUUUUUUGCGAUAAAUUUAGGUGACGCGAAAAUCCAUUUUUCUUGUAGAUCAAGCAAAUCUACCAUAUUUGAAAUUUUUUAUCUCA